AUAUUGAUAGAUUAUUACUUGGAAUAAUAAAUUUAAUACAACCUCGAGCUACAACUCGUCAAUCUGGGGAUAUUUUAAUACUUCAAGCAAUUUUAAAAAUGUUAGCAAAACGUUGUAAAAAUCUUUUAAGCCUUGUAAUUGAUCAAAUUGAAGAUUCUUUAACUCGAUUUGAUGAUAUGUUCAUUAUACUUAAUCCUGAUGUACUUCCAUUAAUAUAUCCUAUUAAAGAAACUUUUAUUACUAUUAAUUUUCCAAUUAAUAAGAUUUUUUUAACUAUAUCAAAUUUUUGUAAACAUUUGGAAUACAUAGAUAUAAUGACUAUCCAAAAAUUUAAUUUACAAGAAACUGAUAGUAGUGGUCUCGCAUCAUUGAUAAUAUCUCAAGUAUCUUUACGUACAUUAGUUCUUCGAGGAUCAUUUCAAUUUUUGGAUCAAGUAUUAUGUGCACUUCCAUCUCAAUCCGCUUCACUUAAAGAACUUACAUUUUCUUAUACGGAUUUUUCUGAAUGUUCACCAUUAUAUGGUAUAGCAGCGUGUAAGAAUUUAAGAGAAUUAAGGUUUUGGGAAUGUUAUAAUAUUUCAGAUGAAAUUUGUGAACCAUUGGUGAAUAGUGAAUUUGAGAAAUUAGAUGUUAUCGAUCUAGAAGAAACUCAGAACAAGAUACUGAUGAAAUGGAAG